AUGCCGGUGGUCAGUGGUCCAGGUCCCUUGUUCUGCCUUCUCCUCCUGCUCCUGGAACCCCACAGUCCUGAGACGGGGCGUCCUCCUCUGCGCAGGUUUGAGUACAAGCUCAGCUUCAAAGGCCCAAGGCUGGCAUUGCCUGGGGCUGGAAUACCCUUCUGGAGCCAUCAUGGAGACGCCAUCCUGGGCCUGGAGGAAGUGCGGCUGACGCCAUCCAUGAGGAACCGGAGUGGCGCCGUGUGGAGCAGGGCCUCUGUCUUCUUCUCUGCCUGGGAAGUAGAGGUGCAGAUGAGGGUGACGGGAUUGGGGCGCCGGGGAGCCCAGGGCAUGGUCGUGUGGUACACCCAAGGCAGGGGCCAUGUAGGCUCUGUCCUCGGGGGGCUGGCCUCAUGGGACGGCAUCGGGAUCUUCUUUGACUCCUCGGCAGAGGAUACUCAGAACAGUCCUGCCAUCCGAGUGCUGGCCAGCGAUGGGCACAACGCCGCUGAGCAGCCUGGGUAUGGAGCCAGCCAAGUGCUGGGCUCCUGUCUUCGGGACUUCCGGAACCGGCCACACCCCUUCAGAGCACGGAUCACCUACUGGGGGCAGAGGCUGCGGGUGUCCUUGACCAGCGGCCUCACUCCCAGUGAUCCAGAUGAGUUCUGUGUGGAUGUGGGGCCCCUGCUUUUGGUCCCUGGAGGUUUCUUUGGGGUCUCAGCAGCCACCGGCACCCUGGCAGAUGAUCAUGAUGUCCUGUCCUUCCUGACUUUCAGCCUGAGUGAGCCCAGCCCAGAGGUUCCCCCUCAGCCCUUCCUGGAGAUGGAGCAGCUCCGUCUGGCGAGGCAGCUGGAAGGGCUGCGGGCAAGGCUGGGCCUGGGCACCAGGGAGGAUGUAACUCCAAAGUCAGGCUCUGAAGCUCAAGGAGAAGGGGAAAGGCUCUUUGACCUGGAGGAGACGCUGGGCAGACACAGCCGGAUCCUUCAGGCUCUGCGGGGUCUCUCCGAGCAGCUGGCCCAGGCUGAGAAGCAAUGGAAGAAGCAGCUGGGGCCCCCAGGCCAAGCCAGGCCUGAUGGAGGCUGGGUGAGUAGCCCCACAGGCAUCCAAGUCUCCACCUCUGGGCGUGGUGGCGUGCACAAGAGGCUGGCCCUCCUGCAGGACUCUGCUAAGGUCGAUGCCCUGCUCCAUGGACAGAGGACUCUGCUCCAGGCCCUGCAAGAGAUGAGGGAUGCAGCUGUCCGCAUGGCUGCAGAAGCCCAGGUCUCCUACCUGCCUGUGGGCACCGAGCAUCAUUUCUUAGAGCUGGACCACAUCCUGGGCCUCCUGCAGAAGGAGCUUCAGGGCCCGGCGAAGGCAGCGGCCAAGGCCCCCCGCCCACCUGGCCAGCCCUCAAAGGCCUCCUCGUGCCUGCAUCCUGGCAUCUUCCUGUUCUUCCUCCUCAUUCAGACUGUAGGCUUCUUCAGCUACGUGCACUUCAGGCAGGAGCUGAACCAGAGCCUACAGGAGUGUCUGUUCACAGGCAGCCUUCCUCUGGGUCCUGUACCACACACCCCCAGGGCCCCGGGAAUUCUCAGGAGGCAGCCUCUCCCUGCCAGCAUGCCUGCCUGACCCACCUCAGAGCCUGCUUUGCAUCACUGGGAAGUAGGCAGUGUCUGGGGUGGGUGCUUGGUCAUUAUCCUCUCCAUCUGGGUGCCCAGCUCCCACCCACACCUGAGCUUUCAGCACACUCCCACCUUAUUAAAGGUGAUUUCCCUCUCCCCA